AACGGUCGCAUUUUUGAAAGGCGACCAUUUUGGGCCAGUCGCUCUCUGCGCGAUUUUUCAGUCGCGCGACCGUGGUCGCAAAACUGAUAAACCAAUCAGCGGCGCACCGGAAGUGAUCUUUCAUGUGUCUACAUCUGGCUUCCUCCCGUGUCGUGGCAAAUACAAAGUCCACGCCACCAUGGAAGCUGCUGCGUGUUCGUCGGAGUAGCUGAUAGAGGCCGUUAAGCAGUACCCGUACCUGUGCAACAAGCUGCACCCAUCAUUCAAAGACCACAACAAGAAGGACGUCGCAUGGACCGAGAUCGGAAACAUGUUCGGCAUCUCCCAAACCCUUGCAGAGAAAAAAUUUAAAAACUUGAGAGACAUUUUCAAGAGGAAGCAACAGGAGGUGCGCGACAAGCAGCGUAAUGGUGCAGGAGUGGUUGAUGUCCCCACCGUCAAAUGGCCCCACUUCGAGGCCAUGCUGGAAUUAACGGAGGUGGCAUCAGAACCUGUGGUAGUACUGUGCAGCAUGGAGGACACUCGAUCAAGCCGAGCAGAAGUAACAGAUGGCAGCCAACCAGGGGUUUCCUCGGUCGCCAUGGAAGCAGACACGGAGACCUGCAGUUCUGCAGAUUACAGCGAAGACAUAGGAGAGGAGCCAGCGCAGAUACCAUCAGUGCUAAUAGAUGCCACAGAACAAACACCUGUGGAAACAGUAGAGGCGCCACCAGCAAAACGCCCGAGGACAUCAAAGAAUCGCAAACAAACUGAAGGUUCGAGCCAUGCAGGUGAGAGUGCAAGCCACGGGGCUGUUGUGAAAGCCUGUAUGGAGCAUCUAGCGGAACUAAGGGAGCAUAAAACCACAAACAAAAGGGAUGACAUUGCUUAUUUUGCGCUGAGAACUGAUGCGCGCCUGCGGGCACUGCCAAUUCAUGUAGCGCAAGACCUGAUGCACCUAAUGGAGUCAAUGAUAUAUCAGGCAGAAGUGGAAAAUAGGAACACCAGCAAUUGAAAGGAACAUUUACCUUGGGUGCUGUUACACAUUCUAGUCAUAAUCAUCAUCAGCAUAUAUUUAGGUUAUUUUUUUGUAUGUUCCUCAUACUUUUCUUCAUAGUAUUGUGAAAUCUUUCUUUUUUGAAACAGUGCCUUACAGUAACCUUUUUUAGUGAUCUGUGGUGAGGUUUGUAGUUAUAUUAUCACCACACAGCCUGAAAUAUUAAGGAAUAUUUUAAGCUGCUACUGCAACUGUUGCAACUUUUUUUUACCAAUUAUUGCCUUGUAUUCGAGGUGUCAUUGUGAUAUUUCUGCACGUGUGCCUUUGUCAAACAUAGACGAAAAUGCAAUACUUUUAUGUGUCCAAGUAAGACAUAUGUGAUAUUUUAAUUUCAAGGAUUAACUUCGUGUGACACUCCCAUUACUUGUUUCCCUGUGCAUUUGUGAUAUUUCCUGCACAAGGAAUUCCUAUGUAAAGUGCGAGUGUUUGUUAUGAAUAAACUUAUUU